AUGGCGUACCAGCAACUACCCAAAUUACAGCACAACGUGGAAGUGACGCCGGUCAACGAGGACUACACUCCGCCUUCGUCCACCCUGCAAAACUAUGAUGAGAUACGAGACUUCGAUUUCAGCCCCACGAGUCCACGUUCGACUGUUAAAUCACCUUCUAUCAAGAAGCAUGUAACGCAUUGGAGUUCGUCUACCAACAGCACGGCCGUGACUUCUUCGGAGGUAUGUAGCACAAAGUCUGACAGCAAGGCUGGCGCGUCCCGUGCGCGGUCUUGGGCUUUCGAGAUCAUGGCUGUCGCAAUCGGGCUGGGUGCUGUCGCCGCAAUUGUCGGCGUGGUAGCCAAAUACAAUGGACACGCAUUGCCAGACUGGCCUUACAGCAUAACUCUGAACGCUCUCAUUGCCCUGUUGGCUACUUUUGCAAACGCUGCAAUGUCGGUUUGCCUGUCGAGUGGAUUAUCACAGGCGAAAUGGAUCCGUUUCAAGCAGACAUCGGCUCCAUUAUCUGACAUGGAGGCCUUCGAUGACGCUAGUCGUGGUUCGUGGGGCUCUAUCAAACUGCUGGCGACUGCUAGAGGAGGAUUUCUCGGGUCCUUCGGCGCUAUCGUCGCUGUUAUAGGUCUCGCCCUUGGACCUUUCGCGCAGCAGAUCGCAACCUACAAAAUCCGUAACGUGGAAAGUGACUUUGGCGCCAUCAUGCCUAGAGCCCUCAACUUCACCCCUGCGCUACCGGGUAACACCAGCACGACGGGUUUCGUGCCAAUUCUCCCACUUAAAGCCGCAGUCUACAACGGCUUGUUCGCGGAGAACAAUAGACCUGCUGCGUCACUACCAUUCAAGUGCCAGAGUGGUACUUGCACCUGGGAACCCUUCGAGACGCUGGCUGUUUGCCAUGAGUGCACAGACAUCACUCCACUCAUGACGCGCUACUGUCCACCUGAAUUGGGUGCAUCGCCAAACAUGUCCUCAUGCGGAUGGCAAGUACCACAAGGAGCUCAUCUCAACACGAGCUCCGAUGUAUUCAGUAUGACAUCCUUCAUCCCGUCGGCGUAUGGCGACAUGCCCCACUCCACGAUAAUCCGACUCAUCUUCAUGGGUACAGAGCUUCAAGAUACACCCAACGCUCUGAACCCUUGGGCAUCACAAUGCAGCCUGCAAGCAUGUGCAAAUACGCUGUCCGCAUCGGUCACAAACGGUACGCACCAAGAGAAUGUCACGCACUCUGUUCUCAACCACACUGUCAUCGACAUGAGCUCCCCCGAUCCUGCCGCCGACUAUGGUGUUUAUAUCACUGGCAAGUCCGAUGACACUGCGUACUUGCUUGGCAUGGAAGCGCUUUUGAGCAUACGCGGAUGGUUUAGUGCAAUCUUUACCAACGGCUCCGCCACCCGUACGACUAGCGAUUUCACCCGAAGCGUCACAGACCCAGACCGUGCUGUAGUUGUCAAUCUCACAGUCGGUAUCUCAUCAGGCGAGACUUUCUUCGACACGGAUAUUGUCACCGCGUUCUACUGGAACUACUACGAGUACGCUGAUGGACUCAAUAUGCUAAUGAGCGACUUGGCCGUAUCGAUGACAACCGCUUUUCGCGGCUUCAACGGCGCUGUGGAUACGAACGGCAAGUCGAUAACGGUAGAGUCCUAUGUCCACAUCCGAUGGGGUUUUGCUGUCUUACCGAUCGCGGCUGUCGUGGCCACUCUGAUCUUCUUGCUCGCGACGAUGACGAUGACGCAUACGUCUGGUACGCAAGUGUGGAAAAGCAGUGCGCUUGUGCCGUUGUUACACGGCUUGGAUCAUCACACUAAGGAGAGGUUCGGUACUAAAGACACUUUGCCGGCUCAGAAGAGACAGGCAAGAGCGGUAAAGGUCAAAUUGUUUACUGAUGAUCGGAGUAGCACAAUGCUUGGAGCAGAGAAGGCUGCAUGCUAG